AUGAAGUUGAACCCGAUGAAAUGUGCUUUCGGCGUCUCGUCGGGAAAGUUCCUGGGGUUAAUGGUUUCGAGUAGAGGGAUCGAAGGGAACCCGGAGAAAAAUUGGGCUGUGCUGGAAAUGCAAGCUCCCCGUACAACAAAACAACUACAGCAAUUGACCGGAAGGAUUGUAGCCUUGAACCGAUUCAUUUCUCAGUCAACAGAUAAAUGUCUACCCUUCUUUAAAAUACUUCGGAAGACGUUUGUUUGGAGGAAUGAGUGUGAAGAUGCUUUCUGCCAGCUAAAAGAAUACCUAGCAAACCCACCACUCUUGAGCUUGCCAGAAGAAGGGGAAAUUCUCUAUCUAUACCUAGCAGUAUCGCCGUCAGCUGUCAGCUCGGUUCUAGUCCGAGAAGAAUCUGGGGUGCAAAAGCCAGUAUAUUUCACUAGCAGGGCGUUACACGGAGCCGAAGGAAGGUAUCCCCGGAUUGAAAAGUUGGCUUUCGCCCUUAUCACUUCAGCUCGGAGGUUAAGACCAUACUUCCAAGCACAUGCGGUGAGGGUGCUUACAGAGUAUCCUUUGAAGAAAGUACUGCAAAAGCCUGACCUCUCGGGUAGGUUGGUAAAUUGGGCCGUGGAACUCCCCGAGGACCACCAUCAAGGCUCAAGUUCUGGCGGACUUUAUUGCAGAGUUCAGCAACCUUCCCGAAAGUCAGGAAAUGCCCGAUAA